AACUCUUUGCAUUUGACUGUAGACGCUUGACGCUCUGGCGCUCUCUCUUUUCCGCUUUCUUGGUGUUGAGUUGUUUAUAAAAAUUUGUUACAAUUUUUGAGUUUUGAACAGUUUUAAAUUAUUAACUUAUUAUUUAGCGAAUUAAUAAUGUCAACCAAACGCAAAUCUGAAGGAAAAGGUAGGGCAUCUAAGAAAUCGAAGAAAAACGGCAAAGCUAAACAUGAUGAAGACAUGAGUGAUUUUGAUGACGAAUUUGGAAGUGAUGUUUCUAAUGAUGGUUCCCCUGCAAACCACGAUGAACAUGAUCCAAAUAAUGAUAUUGAGGACUUGCCAGCCGAUGACGAUUCCUUGAGGGUGAAAGGCCCAGACCAUCUGGGCAAGGUGUUGAUAUGUGGGGCUACCAACUGGGAUAUGGUGGCUCGCAAGUCUGUUCCAAAAGGUUGCAAGACUGCCAACAAAGGGCGGAACUUGUUCUCACCCCACGUAUUUACUCCGCUCGACAACAUAAGAGUACACAUGGUUGUGUCCGGGUGUAACGCUGCCCAUAGUGUCAUCAUAACAGAGGAUUGGAAGGCAUUGGUUUUUGGUCGCAAUGAGAAGUGUCAAUUGGGAACUGGCAACACGGAGCGCCAUGAUGUCCCUGUUGAGUUGGAAGAGCUCAAGAACUUGACUAUUGUAGGAGCCGCUUGUGGACGCAACCAUACUCUCUUCCUAACUGAUCGUGGCCAUGUUUAUGCCUGUGGAGACAACCUCAAGGGCCAGUGCGGGGUGGGAAGCACUGUCCAAAUGGUGGAGAAACCCACAAGGAUCAGAUAUAAGGGACCUCCAAUUGUCAAGAUUGCUUGCGGGGCUGAGUUCAGUGUUAUUUUGGACUGCAAGGGCUUUUUGUAUUCUUUUGGCUCUCCUGAGUAUGGCCAACUUGGCCACAACACCACUGGAGAGUACAUCCAGUCUUCAGGCAAGGUGAACUACCAGUUUGAGAAGGCUCCCAAGAUGUUGGUGCACUACAUUGAGAAGAACAAGGACCAUGUCACUCCCAUGCAGGACGUUGACAUUCGAGACAUUGCUUGCGGCACCAACCAUACGAUUGCCCUGGACUCCAAAAAGAGAGUGUUCUCCUGGGGGUUCGGAGGGUACGGACGCUUGGGUCACUCAGACCCUAAAGAUGAAAUAGUGCCCAGGCACAUCAAGUUUUUUGAAACUCAGGGGAAGGGAAUCAAAUCCAUCUACUGUGGUUCCAGCUUUAGCAUCUGUAUCAAUGACUUCAAGGUGGCCUACCUGUUCGGACAGUCCAAGAAAACCGGAGAGGCUAACAUGUAUCCGAAGCCCAUGCAGGAUCUAUACGGUUGGAACGUGAGGUCUGUCGGGUGUGGCAUCACUGCUGUAGUCAUGGCAGCAGACAACAGUGUCAUAUCCUUUGGCCCGUCCCCGGCAUUCGGAGAACUGGGACAUGGACCCACACGCAAGUCCACUACCACUGCCAUGGAGGUGAAGGCUCUAGACGGAUUGUACGUGGAGCAAGUAGCUUGUGGGAUGCAUCACACUCUGUUGUUGGCCAGAGACGAGAGCGAGGCAGAGAAAGAUAAAAUCAACGAUCUGCCCGACUACGAACCGUAACUCUGCUCAAUGUGCCGUCGUUCAUUUACUUUAUUUUCUUAUGUGUUGGGAUAUUUAAGACCUCUGCUGGAACCUCACUGUGAUCACUAAAUGUAAUGCAUGGAACGGUUCAUGUUUCUCUCUCGAUGUCAUUCAUGUUGAUUUUUCCGUUCCCUGUUCGCUUUUCAUGGUAAUUUAACAGGUUUGUGUAUUUAUUUACAGGGUUUACUUUUGCUAUUUUUGUUUCUAUAUAAUAGUUGAAAACUAUGGUGUUGCCUGUUAUAAGGCAGUAAAGAUGUUUGUAUACGAUUAUUACAUGUUUCAAAAUUUAUGUUUUCCAUGUUUACCACCAGUUUCAUAAGGGCCUACAGUAGUUUUAAAAGAAGUGAUACCAGAUUGAGCUCUUGAACUUUGUUGGUUUUUAAAACCACUAUCCUUGUUAAUGAUUUAAAAAAAUAAUACAAUAUCCAUUUUAUACUUCAA